AUGACCGACAGAGAUAAAUUUGCAUUGAUUGUCAAUAUUGGAGGUUAUUUUGUGAACUGUGGACCUAUUGUGGAGUAUAUAUGUGGUAGUUUAAAGAGUAUUUAUGGGUUAGAUGCUGAUAGAUUUGGCUACUUUGACCUACAAGAAGAAAUUAAGAAGUUGGGAGUUAACAAGUAUGAAAAAAUUGUGUAUAGAAUACCUGGUGCUGGUGUUGGAGCUGAUAGUUUGAGAGAUGUAACUGAUGAUAAAGGGGUUAUGGAGAUUAUUAGUUGUGGUAAGAAGAAGAAAACUAUAGUUCAGAUAUAUGUGGUUGGUGGUGACAUUAAUGAUGAUGAAGCAGAUGAGAAUGCUGAGGCAUCAUUUCAGACAAAAUCUUCUAGCCAGCAAGAUACUGAUGAUAGAGAAGAGGCUGACUCAUCAUUUCACACACAAGCUAGCCAGCAAGAUAUUGAUGAUAGAGAAGAGGUGAAUGGUUUGAGACAGGCUGAGGCAUCAAUUGAGGAAGAGCCUGCAGACCAGUUGGAAGAUAUUAAUGAUAUUAUUGACAACUUCACUUCUGUUGAACAUGGUGAAGAAGCCAAAGGGAAGGCCCAGAAAGCAUACUGCACCCCACACUGUGGUUUAAAUUUCUAUUCAUUCAUAAACCCAAGAGGAAGGCCCAGACAGCAUACUGCACCCGACACUGUGGUUCAACCACCCCAAACUGAGACCAUGACAAGCCCACCAUCUGAGACAAUGACAAGCCCACCAGUUGAGAGGCUGACAAGACCACCAAGUUCAGAGGAUGACAACCCG